UGGCUUGGAAAACAAACAAUUCGAGAGAAGAAGGAUCGGAAACCGGUCAGAUUGAAUAAUUUGUUGAUACAGUUUCCUGCAUAGUCCUGAUUUCUAGAUUUAUGCGAUAUCAAGACGUUUGUUUUUUAUUACAUAUAUUUUAAGCAUAUUUGCAGUCUUAAACAGUUAUUUUCAUUGCAGUGUUGUUGCACUAGUAAGUUAAUAUUUGUCAUAUUCUCUGUUGCUUUUAUAUUUAUAAAUGUUUAUUUUAUGAAGUCGUACUGUAGACAACAUUUAAUUAAAAAAUAAAUAAACAAAUUCCGGUAUGUAUUCUCGGCGUUUGGUAAAACGUUCGAUUCUUGGGAGCCGUGCAUGUGCCCCUAGCCCCGCGGGGGACGGAGCACUGCUCCCAGGGGUGGUUCAAGCUGUGAAAUUGGAGAACAGGGAAACGGUGCCGGGAUCUCGCCGUAACGUGUACACAGUGUUGCUACAGGAUGGGACCCUGAAAGAGUAUUCUGAAGAAGAAAUCGUCACGAGUCCAGCACAAAUGACAGGGAAAGCGCAGCUCAAAUCCAGCAUGAAGACUGCCUGCUUUGAUUGUGAAAUGGUUACCACUUCCCAGCAACAGGAGCAAAGGAAGAGUGAAAUCAACCAAAAUAACAAACAGAAGCUUCUUGGGAAAGAGGAGGACAUGAAAAGGCUUGACAGUAAAAAGGCAAACAGAAUCCAGGACCAUGAAAAGGAUAACACACGUUCCGUCUCGCUUUUGGAGCAAAAGCACAAAGUUGUUUCCUCAAGUAUUGAUGUCCCUCAUGCAAGGAAAUUGUCAGAAGAAGUGGACAUGGAUAAAGUGACAGCAGCCAUGGUUCUGACAAGCCUGUCAACUAGUCCACUGGUCCGCAGUCCCCCUGUCAAAGUUAAUGAUGGCACAAAUGGAUCUUGGAAAGAAGGAGGCUUCACCCCCUCCAGCUACAGCAGUAGUGGCUACUGGAGCUGGAGUGCCCCUAGUGACCUGUCCAACCCAUCCACCCCUUCGCCACCCCUGUCUGCUGACAGUUGCAAACCCUUCCGCAUCCCCAGCCAGCCAGAUGAUGGUAUUGACGAAGUAGAUGCAAGCAACUUCUUGUUUGAUGAACCAAUUCCCAGGAAAAGAAAGAACUCCAUGAAAGUGAUGUUUAAGUGCUUGUGGAAGAACUGUGGGAAAGUUCUGUGCACAGCUACAGGAAUCCAGAAGCACAUACGCACUGUGCACUUGGGUCGCAGUUGUGACUCUGACUGUAGUGAUGGUGAAGAGGAUUUCUACUACACAGAGAUUAAACUGAACACAGACUCAGUGGCUGAUGGGCUGAGCAGCCUCUCUCCAGUCUCGCAAUCUGUGGUCUCCCAUCCUCACAUCUUUUCCAGCACAGAGCCUGGCCUCCCAGAGAGUGUCUGCAUGAAAAAUGAGUCCAAGCUUACAGCCCCUCUGAGCCGCUCAGCUCCUAGCACUCUCUACCUCGUACAUGCAGAUCAUGCCUAUCAGGCAACAGCACCUGUUAACAUUCCAGGCUCUGCCAACUUCACCCCGAGCAGCAGCAGCUUUAGUAUUUCCUGGCAGUCUCCACGUGUCACUUUUACUGGCAUCCCUGCAUCACCGACACACAUCCGUACCCAUGGAUUUGGCGAACAUCAUCCACAGACCCAUGCUGUGCUGUCAUCACCACCCAGAACUGCAGUGGGACUCAGGAAGUCUCGUGGGGAGGGGAAGAAAUGCCGCAAGGUAUAUGGAAUGGAGAACAGGGACAUGUGGUGCACAGCCUGUCGUUGGAAGAAAGCAUGCCAGAGGUUUAUCGACUGAGGAUAGGAACCAAGGGUCUUUCGAGCAGCUACACCGUAACACUUGGGAGAAACCUAUGUGGAACUGCGGGUGACAUAUUCAUGGAAGCAUUUUCCCUGAGGUCCCUUUUUUUUUAAAAGAACACAACUGUUCAUCAGUGUGAGCUAUCUUAAUCUCCUGUCAACUGUGAAGAAAUGGGGUCUCCCGACUGUGAAUAGUCUACUGUGUCUGGAAUGUAUUCUGGAUUUGGGUCGAUAGGCUGUUCAGAAUGGGCAGAGGAGGUGUUAUCCAUUUCUCUUCAUGGAAAUAGACUACCAUAAACCCUGCUCCUCUGCAAGUAAUUUCAUGGACAACCUAGAUUUUUAUAUAAUCAUUUUAUAUGCAUUUACUAAUAGACUUUUCUACAGGGAUUUGCUUGAAAACCAGCAUCUCUGUUUCAUACCAGACUGAUCUCAGUGACAACCCAUUCUUAUCUUGCAGAUGUAAUGUGUAACAAAAAAAAAAAUGCAGAUUUGUAUUGUUAUAGUAAGUUUGUGUGCUGUACAGCAUUUUUUAGAUGGCACUGACGCUACAGUAAAGGACAUUGUGCAAAGCUUAUACCAUUUUUCUUAAACUGAAAAAAAAAACAUUAUCCCUUGUUUCCAUGUGCCUGCCCCAAGGUGUUUUUGUGUUUAAAUAAUCUGGAUACAGGUAGUUUGAAACAUGGCCCUGGAACCAAAAUAAAUGGGUUUAAAACAUACAAGUUUGAAAACCAUUAAAAUGCAAUUGCAUGUUGAGACACACAUUUGUAUCCAAAAGUUUUUUGUUUUUUUGUGGGAAUAAUAUUAUGCCACAAUGAACAAUGAACAACCAGGAAUUUCAUUUUAACCCGUUUAGUCCAGAAUUAGUUUUGUUGAGCUGAAGAAGGAACUCUGAGAACAAAAAAAAUAUUGCAUGGACUGAAACCUAGAAGUCCAGUGAGGUUCCAACGUAAUUUCUGUCAGGAUAUGUUAUCAUAUAGCGCUAAGAUAAGGGUUAAGUUUGUACAUGCACCUGUAGUUUCCUAUUAGUUCCCUUUCAAGUACGAAAUGUAAACAUUACCUCAUGGGUGUUAAUCUUUUGAUACCUUCUAACCUGAAUAGAUAUUGCAAAUCUGCACGUAGUGCCAGUGACGCAGUCGCGCUCGCCCCCGAGGGUAUAAUGAGACUGUUGACACUCAAAACGUCAUCAUUUUUCCUUUCACCGCCUGAGAGAAAGAGAGAUAUAUGAACAGAAAAGUGACACAUAAUGUUGUAUCGGAUUGUUCGCUUGUGUUUGUCACCUAUUGUGAUAGAGAUUAUGAAGCCUCCCUUUGAGCCCCUGCAUCAACAGAGCUGAAAUAUUUAACAAACGAAAGUGGCUCUCUUGCUUGCUAUUACAUCUGCUAAGCAGGUGAGUGAGAUGCAAGCUUUUUCAUUUGCAAAAGCCUGCUUAAUUUUUGCAGAAGCCAAGGCGAAAGUCACACUUCACACUAAUACUGCUUUUUUGCCAAAAAAGACAUCUCAGCAUUCCACAUGAAUCAGGCAGUAGAGCUCUUUUCCAGUCAGAGAGAGCAGCAGCUCCAUACACUUUACCCAGUGCAGGCACUAGCUUAUUAUGUGGAUAAAACUGUUAUGGAGCGAAGUCCCAUGGGAAAGCUCUGUCUAAACAGAGGCUAUCAAGCUGGAUCACAGACAAGGUUCAGACUGCAUAUGAGCGAGCCAACUUGCCCUCCAGAAAAGCUCACUGCCCAGUCAGUCAGGGGCAUGACAACUUCGUGGGCUUUAUUGUGGGGCAAAACUGUCAGUCAUUUGCAAUGCAGCAGUGUGGGCUACGCCCCACACUUUUACGCGGUUCUAACGGCUGAAUGUCGUGGAUCACCACACCCUGGGUUUGGAAAAAUAGUGUUAAGGGCGGCCUCGAGCUCAACCCUUACAGCAUAAAAUUGGAGGUGAGUUUCUCCUCAAUUUUUUUGGCCUGUUACUUGGCCUCGGCUGAGCCUUGUAGCGCUUCACUUGUUCUGCAAUUUUCCUUGCGACGGCUUUGGUAUGUCUACCCAUGA